UGCGUCUCUUCCAUGAAGUUUGGCGACGAAGAACAUUCUGUGUCGUUGUGAAUGGGAAAAUCGAUAUGGGUUUUACGUACUCUUCUACUCUCUUGGUUAGACAGUUGUUACGUGCCCAUAGUUAAAUAUGUACACAUUUGUUAUUGGUUUAAUAAUAACGUAUAUAACCUUCCUCACCAUUAUUUAACGAUCAUUUAAGUGUUGAUCCUCCAUCUGCAGCUGACUCAGACGCUGUUUCAUACAAAUUCGUUUUCUGAGUAAUAUUGUUUAUCCCAACCUUUUAGUCAGUCUAAAAUCGUUUAAAAGACACUGUACCCUGCCUGAGUUUCACCAUUCGUGACUUUUACUACUUCUCUCAUACAUUUGUUUCUAACCUGUCGGAAAAAAUAGUGAAAAGAUAUCAUGUUCGUCUUCCUGGUAAUUGCGACCCUUAACAUCAUCUGCAACGGUCAGCCCAUGAAGGGCGAUCCAAUGGAAGUGGGGAACUUGAAGUACACCUUUGGCACUAAUGAAGAGAUUCCGGCCGCAUUUCUUGACAAUUCUGAAACCCGUGGGGACGGUCAAAGGUUCCAACCAGCUUGCCAGGAUGGGAGUGGAGGAAUUUGCGUGACUUUGGGAGACUGUCCUCCAGCGCUUCGACCAGCCUCGAACAAUACAAACGCAUGCCCUCCCGGUUUAGAAUGUUGUUUUGGACCUGCAGAAAAUGAUAGAGCUUGUCGAAGUCGAGGUGGAGAGUGCACUUCGACGGAGAGAUGCGGAAAAGCUCCAGUUUUCAGAGAAGCAAAUGACUGUGCAGCAGGAGAAGUGUGUUGCAUUUUCCUCUGAUUUGUGAUAAUUUACCUGCAAAAGAUGAUACCAAAGUGUAAUGCCUUAACGUGGGACUAUCGGAUUCCAAAACCAAUUUAAUUUAUUCACUCCUUAUUUAUUUUACCUUACGUUACUUUCGCAAAAUUUAUUAUUGUUCAAUAUUUCAAUUAACUUGUGUUACAAGUUGUGUUGUUUGUUUUUACGAUUUGAGACAAUGAAUUCCCAGCAGCUUUAUUGUGAUGCAAAUUUUUCAUGCAAAUUUUUUAAAGCUUUAGACCAACCUGUUUAUAUUUUGAAUAGGGUACGUAUACAUACAAUAAAUAUGUCAUCGAUACAUAAAUGCAUAAUAAAAAGGUAUAAAAGAUUGUGUUCGUAGGGUACAACUCGCCUUGUGUCUAUCUAUCUAUUUAGUUAGUAUGGAAAAUAGAGGAGAAUUAAAUAACAAGACGACGAGA